CUCCGGGGUGGUGCUUAGCCGGCGCCAGACCGACCCUCGACUUCGGCGGCGAGGCAGUGCGGUUCCUCCGGGGGCUUCCUCCUCAGAUUCUUCAGUUUCUUCAGCCUCCUCGGCCUCCUCACCCUCCGCCGGGACCCAAGACUCCGGUGUAUGCCCCACCCCUGACCCCGCUAAAGAUAUGUCCACCCCGGCUCGGCGGCGUCUCAUGAGGGACUUCAAGAGGUUGCAGGAGGAUCCUCCGGCCGGAGUCAGCGGGGCUCCCUCAGAAAACAACAUAAUGGUCUGGAAUGCGGUCAUUUUCGGGCCCGAAGGGACCCCGUUUGAGGAUGGAACAUUUAAGCUUACAAUAGAAUUCACUGAAGAAUAUCCGAAUAAACCACCUACAGUUAGAUUUGUCUCUAAGAUGUUUCAUCCAAAUGUCUAUGCAGAUGGUAGUAUAUGUCUGGACAUACUUCAGAACCGCUGGAGUCCAACCUAUGAUGUGUCUUCAAUUUUAACAUCCAUACAGUCUCUGUUGGAUGAACCCAAUCCUAAUAGUCCAGCAAACAGCCAGGCUGCUCAGCUGUACCAGGAGAACAAGCGGGAAUAUGAAAAGCGUGUUUCUGCAAUAGUAGAACAAAGCUGGCGUGAUUGUUGACCCCUGGUUGCAGCAAAAGAAGAGGCUGGCCAUAAGAAAAAUAUAUAUCUUAAUGUGUUUGUCACCUUCUUAUUCCUCAGUAUCAUUACAUUUACUUUAUUAAAAGCAAAAUAGCUGUUGUGCUGUUUCCAUCUUUCCUUACCAAGCUUUUCCCACCCCUUCCACCCUCUCCAUGAACACCAGAAAAUACCCUCUAUGAAAUCAAAUGUACUGUACCUGGGUUACUUGCAAAAAUUACUAAUGCUUAAUUUCUUUUCUGUUGUGUCUCAUCUUCAGUCUUCGGGUAGUUAUUUGUUACUGUACUUUACACUAAGCUUUUAAAGUGAAUUGUUAUACAAGUGGUACUUAUGCACAGUUUGAUGACCAGGAUGUCAUUUUUAGCCAAAUGAUUGUUGAAGUGUUUCAUCCUGGCUGGUUCUUCAGUUGUUGGAUUUAGAAGUGAAUGUGUUUGGAAUAUGGCCUAUAGAAAAUAGGGAAACAAAUCCAUGUAAGCAUCAGUUUUGAAAGAGGAAUGGAGGCUAAAAACGAUAUACUAAGAUGUAAGCAAUAUGAAUUACAAGAUAGUAUUUACUGGGAGGAAGGAGAACAUUGAAGGACUCAGCCAAAGGAGUCCAGCAAUUGUAGUAACAACUGACACAUCCUCUCCUUGCAAGAUAUUGACUGGAUGCACCCAUGCUAAGUUUCAGAAUACUGGUCUUCUGGGCUUUUGCUUUUUAAAAAGGUGUGGGAGCAGAGGAAUGGAAACAGUGUUUUUGAGCUAGGGAAAGUUGGAGAUCCUUUAAUCUUUUUAACGGAGCCGUGCUGCCCUAGAUGAAUAAACUUACGAUCUUCCAUCCUUUUUUUUUAUGAGUUUUAAUUCAGAGAGGGGAGCACAUCUGUGGCAAAUUAUUUUCCACUCAAAUUCUGAGUUACUUCUGCAUGCUUUAGUUUCUUCUUCCCUUUCAGCAUUAUUAGACCCUUAAAGCCAACAUCUGCAAUCUUUUUUUGGUUAUUUAUACUUUUAGAUAUAUAGUACUUUUAAGUAGCAAUGUGGGAUAAAGGCUUGUAAAUGUUUUGUCUAAUGUUCCAUUUCACCUUUUAUGCAUUUAUCACUCUUCUAAAUCUAACUUUGCACAAGUAACCCAUGUAAAAAAAUGUACAUUUUUCA